UUCCCGUUAUUAACUUCCUUGUUGUCUGACUUAAAGCAUCCACACUGCGGUCUGUGCUCAGUGUCAGCUUUCCAGCCAGACUCUCCUCACAUCCUCGUCUUCCUGCAAGACAUCGCAGCUAACAUCAUGAUGCGCUCAGUCCUCAGUGUCUGUGUGAUGUUUACUCUUCUACUACAAGGUUUGAAUGCACAGCGUAAAGUCCGGCUUGUGAAUGGAACUGCCCCGUGGAAUGGCCGCCUUGAGAUGUCGAAGAACGGAACAUGGGGCCCAGUGUGUGUCAAUAAGUUUAGGAAACAAGAUGCACAGGUGGUCUGCAGGAUGCUGGGCUUCAACACGUCGCAAGUUUAUACCGCGUCGCCAUCUUUAGACAGUGUGAGAUACAACAAUAUCAUGUUUGGCUACCUGUGGUGUACAGGCGAGGAGACCAGCUUAGAGAAGUGUAGCUAUACAGACAUUAUCAGUUACACCAGGUGCCCCCAUGUCAUUGCUAUCAGCUGCAACUCACAAAACAUACAAAUAAGAUUGAUCGUCAUGCCAACUAACAAACGUCAGGUAGAGAUAGACAUCGGAGUUGGUCAAUGGCGGACACUGUGUGUGCCGACUAACAACACUGCCAGGGUCGUCUGUAGACAGCUCGGCUUACCAUGGUAAGUUCUUUUCUCUUAGUGAACGAGUCUGUGGAAGGAGGAUGAAUAGAUUGUACUGAAAUUACACAGUUUAAUUGAAUGAACUUUCAACCUUGCUAAUCAUUAAAUGCUGAUUUUGAAACUUUACAUUUUACACACACAGUUAAACAUAUUUAAAAAAAUGUUCACUUGUUGCUCCAUCCAUCCAUUUAUUCUUCACUUGCAUUGUAUCCCUAUCCCUUUAAAACGAAAAUGCUGACGAGUUACUUCAGAUGUAACAAAAUAGAUCUUAUACAUGUAUAUGUAAUAUAGUUGCUAUGCUCUCAUUAAGAGUAUAUCUAUCUACAUAAAUACUGAUCUAUGAAUUCCGACUGUUGUUUGGAUUAUACCAUGAUCUUUUCAUUUAUCUAACCUUACACGAUACAGAUGCAUAUCACAAAAGUUCUUCUGAAUUAAGAACACCUGAAGCAUUUUAAUUAAGGAAAAUAUAUUCUGCAAUGUUUAGGCUUGGUGCCAGGACGUUUGUAUAUGAAGACUUUGAGUUCUUUAGUGAUUACUUAUCUUGCCUUGGGAAUGAGACUAGCAUCGCUGAGUGCCAGCAUGAGGCGUCUUUUGACCGAAACUGCCAUAAUUACAACAUCACUUGCAGUGACUGUAAGAACUUCUAUUUUAUAAAAGAAAAACUCAUAAACGUGUGUACAAUUUGUAUGUUAGGUUUAACAAAUAAAACUACAUGUUUGUAUUACAGAAAUAAAAUACUGUAACUGUUUCCAGUCUCAUAUUCGGCUAAAUAUGUAAAUUUUUUCCGCAAAUGCAGCCAACUAAAGGGAAGUGACUUUUUAUGAGAAAAAGACCUCUACUACUGCCUCUUUUACAGUACAGUAUCUUUUACUUUAUUAUUCUAUUUUCAUUUGAAAUUCAUUUUAAGAAUGCCCUUGGUGAUAAGUCUUAUCUACAUACUCUCCUACCUGUUCUUACAUGUUAUGAUAAACCUUUAUUACCGUUACUGGUUUUUUUCCGUCACUUCAUUCAAUAAUAUUAAGUUUUCCUCUCAGUCACAUUUGAUAUAAUUUUAUAAACCUAACAAAAGGAUAUGAUAAAGAUCGUUUAUGUUAAACAAAGAAAAUGAAUGACUGUACAAAAAGGAAAAAAAAUCUAAUAGGUUUCAUUAUUGUAAUGCCGUGAGGAAACAAAGGAGGCAUCAUUGCAAUAUUUAGCUAUGCUAAAGAGGCGUUUGUUCAUUAUAAAAUAUUUUGUUACCAGAGAGAGAGAGAAAUAGAGAGAAGUAUAGAUUUAAUGACAUAUUUUGGUUAAGAACGUGUUAUAAGGAGCAGAAAGACAUGAGGUAAUUGGCUACAUCUUUCUGCGGAGGCGAAUAAAUUUUAAGUUUAAUUUCGCUAACACUUUGAAGUAUUUUUUUUACAGAUCUUGUCUACAUCCUUACAAACAGUAGCAGAUAUCCGUUAACGGAGGAAAC